AUGAACAAUUUUCUCAAAAGCAUUCGUAGCCUUACACGCAGGCCAGCAUCACGUCCGCACAGAGGCAGCUCGUCGGGAUUUGCAACCCUUGACGAGGCAGUUAAACUCGAAGAAGAGCGGAUGCCACAUUACGAGAAGUCUGUCUACUACCCAGUCCGCAUCGGAGAUGUCUUUCAAGACCGCUAUCGCGUCCUCAGCAAGCUGGGGUUUGGCGCAAAUUCGACUGUGUGGUUCUGCCGCGACUUAGGGCAGCAGAGUUAUGUUGCGCUGAAAGUUUGCAUCACCAGCUCUUCAGCGAAUCGCGAGGUCGAAGUGUUCAAGCAUAUUGCAACAACUCGAUCAAAGCACAGCGGAGCAUCCUUCGUGCGCACCAUGCAAGAUUCUUUUGAAAUUAAGGGUCCCGCUGGUCUCCAUCAAUGUUUAGUACAGGAGCCACUAUUAGCGAGUCUUCACGAACUGCAAUGCACGCUGACUCCGAAAAGUCUGCCUGAAGGCAUGCUUAAGCCGGCUUUGCAGCAAAUAUUCGCCGGACUCCAUUGCCUCCACUCCGAAGCCCACGUCGUACACACUGAUCUCCAAGCUAAGAACAUCAUGAUCGCCUGCCCUGAUCCAACCGUGUUCGAAGAGUGGGAGAGGGCUGAACAGCAAGAACCAAGUCCUCGUAAAGUCGAUGGUGAUCGAGUAAUUUACAAAUCUCGAGAAUUCGUUCUACGCAAGUACCUGCGAGGUAUUGGUCGAUGCAUGAUCGCAGAUCUGGGUAUGGCCCGUAUCGGCAAGCAGCACGACGGCUUCAUACAACCGGAAAUCUAUCGCGCUCCGGAAGUCAUGUUUUGUAUGCCAUGGGGCUCAGCAGCAGAUAUAUGGAACGUUGGUGUAAUGAUCUGGGAUUUAUUCGAAGAGGGACACAUGUUCAGCCCUGGAGGCGAUGAUAGGAAACUCUCCAACGCGCGUGUGCUUGGUGAAAUGAUUGCUCUGCUCGGUCCUCCUCCGCGAGGGUUCCUGCGAAGAGCCGACGAGACUCUAGCCUAUUGGAACCAUGAAGGCAAGUACUACUACAUUCCGGAUUACUCUUUAGAGGACUGUGAGGUUUAUCUCGAAGGCGAUAAUAAGAGACUUUUCAUGUCCUUCAUGCGGAAAAUGUUGCAGUGGGAGCCAGAAAAGAGAGCCACGGCGCUUAAAUUGCUCCAAGAUGAGUGGUUGAAUAGUCCAACGGAAGGAUCUUGA